AUGGGUUUCGGUGCUCCUAGAGGACGUGGCGGACCUCCUGGCCGCGGUGGUGGCCGUGGUGCUCCCCGUGGUGGUGGUGGCCGUGGUGGUGGCAGAGGUGGAUUCGGUGCUCCCCGUGGACGUGGCGGCCCCCGUGGUGGUGGUGGCCGUGGUGCUCCCCGAGGACGUGGCGGCCCCCGUGGUGGUGGCCGCGGUGGAAAGCCCGGUGCCAGGGGUGGUGCUAAGGUCAUUGUUGAACCCCACCGUCACGGUGGUGUCUUCGUUGCCCGCGGUGGUAAGGAAGAUUUGCUCGUUACCAAGAACUUGACCCCCGGUGAGGCUGUCUACGGCGAGAAGCGCAUUGCUGUCGAGACUCCCUCCACUGAGGAUGGUGCCGUCACCAAGACCGAAUACCGUGUCUGGAACCCUUUCCGUAGCAAGCUUGCUGCCGGUAUCUUGGGUGGUCUUGAUGAGAUCUACAUGCGCCCUGGCGCCAAGGUUCUGUACUUGGGUUCCGCCAGCGGUACCUCCGUCAGUCACGUCGCCGAUAUUGUCGGACCCACUGGAAACGUCUACGCCGUUGAGUUCUCUCACCGUUCCGGCCGUGAUCUGAUCGGCAUGGCUACUCACCGUACCAACGUUAUCCCCAUUGUUGAGGACGCCAGACACCCUCUCCGCUACCGUAUGCUCGUCCCCAUGGUCGAUGUCAUCUUCGCCGAUGUUGCCCAGCCCGACCAGGCCCGUAUCGUCGGUCUCAACGCCCACAUGUUCCUCAAGUCCGAGGGUGGUGUCAUUGUCAGUAUCAAGGCCAACUGUAUCGACAGUACCGCUAAGCCCGAGGUGGUCUUUGCCAAGGAGGUCCAGAAGAUGAGAGAGGAGAGAAUAAAGCCCAAGGAGCAGUUGACUCUUGAGCCGUUCGAACGUGACCACUGUAUAGUGGCUGGUCUCUACAAGCGUUCUGCAUAA